AAAUUUUCACAAUCUUUGAGCUUGGGCUUGGAUUUAGUGUGCUGGUCCUACCGGGAUAACAGGGGACAGAUUCUGGCGGGAGUCGCGCACACAGACGCAGUCGUACGAAACAGUCUUCCAACUGCUCAAAUCGUUUCAUUUCAAAAGGUAGUCGGUGUGUGAGAGAGAGAGAGAGAGAGAGGAAUGAUAUUGAUUGGAGAGAUGAAUUAAAUUCUCUCAUUGAAUACUCCCAACGACCUAACGGUGACCGUAUUCAAUUCCUAGCAGUAGCAGAGCAGCUUCGUUGUCUGUCUCUGGGCAAGUCUUGGUAAUUAUUUCCCAUUUCAUAUUAUUUCUCCCUAUGAAAAAAAGAACUCGAAUUCUGAGCCAAAGCAAUCAUACCCAUUUCAGAUCUCUCUCUCUCUCUCUCUCUCUCUCUCUCUGUGUUAGUCCCUGGGUAUGUCUUGCCCCCAUUAGAUGAAUCUUACACUGUAAAAUAUAUUUUAUGAGUGCUCUGUUCUGGUGGAUUUUCUGUGAGCAAAACAAUGAUGGGUGGUUUUAGUGUUGUUGAAGACGCAGCAGUAGUAAGUGGGAAGAGAGAGAAUGGAGAUGGAAACUCGUAUGCCAAUUCCCAACACAGACGCUCUAAGAGUGCUUCUGACAGGAAUCGAACUGUUUCAAGAGGUGGAGUUUUGCAUUCCAUAAAGCAGGAGCAGAAUGAAACAUAUGUGUUACUGCAUUCAGCAAAUGCUUCUAGGGAACAAAGUCGUCUGGAUGACAAUGUCAAUUAUAAUAACAAGAAUACUUCAUCAAAUCACCGGGCUUCCUUGGAAAAAGAUAUUGAGCAGCUGCAAUUGCAUUUACAGCAAGAGAAAUCUAUGCGCAUAAUGCUUGACAGAGCAAUGGGCCGAGCUUCAAGUACUUUAUCUCCUGGACAUAGGCAUUUUGCUGCUCAGACAAAGGAAUUGGUUUCUGAAAUUGAAUUACUUGAAGAAGAGGUUGCAAACCGAGAGCAGCAUGUUCUCUCUCUCUAUAGGAGUAUCUUCGACAAGUGUGCUAGUCAGCCACCUUCAGAGCAAAACUCAGGCAUGACUUCUCCAGCCCAUACAAAGCACAUGUCCAGGAAACAUCCAAGUAUCAUUUCAAGUGCAUUUUGUUCCUCAAAAAAGUUUCCAUUGCACCCUCUGCAAGCUUUAGUUUCUAUAGAUGACCCAUGGAAAAGAAUCUCCAAGACUAGUCAUACACCACUGCCCUGCAGCAAAGGCAACAACAUUUAUUUUGAAAAGGCUUCCCUUGACCCAGCUAAGGUAAGGGAAAAGGUUCCAGCAAUGGCUAAAAAAUCAAUGUUGCGAACUCUAAAAGAUCAUCUCUACCAAUGCCCAAGCAAGUUAUCUGAGGAGAUGGUCAGGUGCAUGGCUGCUAUAUAUUGCUGGCUUCGUAGUGCAGCAUCUGUAAAUUCUGAAAAGAACAGAUCACCUUUGAUGUCAAGGUCGUCCACAAAGGUCUUACAGCCUCAAUGUGGUAUUGGAGAGGACCAACAUUGUUCUUGCAAAUCAAUGAUUGAAAUAUCUUGGAUAUCAACGGAUAAAAGCCAGUUUUCUCGCGCUUCUUAUUUCAUCAACAACUACAGAGUUUUAGUUGAACAACUGGAAAGGGUGAAUGUCAGUCAGAUGGAAAAUGAUGCCCAAACUGCAUUUUGGAUCAAUGUGUACAAUGCUCUUGUUAUGCAUGCAUAUUUAGCAUAUGGGAUACCCCACAACUCUUUGAGAAGGUUAGCAUUGUUUCACAAGGCUGCAUACAACAUUGGUGGCCAUAUCAUAAGUGCAAAUGCUAUAGAACAUUCAAUAUUUUGCUUCCGAACUCCCCGAAUUGGACGGUGGCUAGAAAACAUCCUUUCCACUGCCUUGAGAAAAAAAUCCGGUGAAGAAAGACAACUCAGUUCAAAAUUGGGUCUUCCAAGUUCCCAACCCCUUGUCUGCUUUGCCCUUUGUACUGGAGCUUUUUCUGAUCCUGUGCUAAAAUUCUACACAGCAUCAAAUGUUAGAGAGGAAUUGGAAGCCGCGAAAAGAGAGUUUCUUCAAGCAAAUGUAGUGGUGAAGAAGUCUAGGAAAGUGUCUCUACCAAAGGUGCUGGAGAGAUAUGCUAGGGAAGCAUCUGUAAGCUCGGAUCAUCUUUUAACAUGGGUCUCUGAAAAUGUUGAUAAGAAGCUACAUGAUUCUAUACAUAAAUGCAUUGACCAGAAAUCCGGCAAGAGGGCAUCUCAGAUCAUAGAGUGGCUGCCUUACAGUUCAAGGUUCUGCUACUUGUUCUCAAAGGAUUUAACAGAGAAGCCAUGGUGGUUGUGAGGGUCUUCCCAAAUUUAUGCACUUUCUUCCGGACCACUGUAAUCUAACCUAAUAUCAGAUAAUUUUCUAAUGGCUUGAAUUUCGUAAUUUGAAAAUCUAUAAUUUCUCUAAAAUUGUAGAGAUUCUGAUCUGCUGAUUUUCUAGUCUGAUGAGCUUAACAUUGUAAUUGCAUGUAAUAUAUAGCACCAACUUUAGCUGUUGCGUGAGUAAGUUUGACUUCUUAAUGUAAGAACACUUUAAUGUAAUAUUAUUGAAGUAUUCAUUAUGAUUUA